AUGCGUAAGGUUACUCCCGUUGCUCUCGCCUCGAACGCACUCGACAGUGUUCAACGAAACGCUGCCCUACGAGUUCGUACCGAACAAGCCAACGCCGAACGCUUGCGAGCUCCGGACGGUGAUCCCUUUGAAGACUAUCCAGUUGCUGAUGGCGAGGCUUCCGGCAACGAAGCCCUCGAAGGAGGUGAACGCCCUCAUGACGGUACUGAGGCAUCUCCUUCGGACAUUUUGGACGACUUUACGGCCGUGGAAAUUUUCGUAGCUGACGUCCUGCGUGGCCUCAGGACCCUCUCCCAGGGUCCUGUUCGCCGAGGACGACGAACGCCUGAUCGGGGAGAUUGUCCCGUACCCGGGGAUACGAGUGGUGUUCCAGACGGCCGUCCGCUGGGAUCAGCUCCUGGUCCCGCUGAGGCAAGCGCUACCACUGCUCCCGCUCGUGCCUACCGUGCCUAG